UUCACUGAUGAAUCAGACAGUUCGUUGUAUCUCAGGUUCAGUUCUGUCAGAUGGGAGGAGUUAUACUUCAGAGCUGAGGUCAAAUAUUCAACCCUCAACCUCAUCGAUUCCUUUCAGUGAUGACGCUUCACUUUCACUUCAAACUCCUGCAGCUGCUGCUUCACUCACAUCUCAUCCAGCUGCUCAGUUUGGUCUCCAGCUUUUGAAACACUGCAGCAACUUUACUUUUUAUUCAUUCAAACCAAGAAAAGGUUUGUGUUGUGUGAUCAGCUCCUCUGUGUCCUCCAGGUUCAGCUGUCCUGGUCCAGGUGUGUUCAGGUGUACUUUGACUGGACUGGUGUUUGGUACGGUUCAGGAGGCGGAGCUACAGUACAGGACUGUCCAAUGGGACGAAAGACUUCUACAACCAGCUGGCAAGACGGCUGCAGGUCCGCUGUUCAACAUCCACAGUCCUGACGGUGCUGUCAGUCAGCUCCACCUGCCACACUGUGAAAUCAUGGAUGCUCCGCUCCCUGAAGGUCUGCUGUCUGUCGUCCACAUCACUGAUGAUGGAAUGAGCAUCCUGGAGCCGCUAGAGAUUACAGACACUCAUGUGGUUGUGAACGUGCCUCACUUCUCUCUCCUGGGCCUCGUCUGGGACGUUGUUAUGAGGUUUGUGAACAUCAUACGACCAAUCAGGGGCCAGGUUCUGCUGUUCCUCCGACCUCCGGAUGAUGAUGAUGAUCAAAUACUUGAUGUAUUUCUGCUGCAGAGCAACAUUCCUCUGAGCGAGGUUGCCGCCCAACGAGGAGCAGCUAAGAACAUUGAGAUCUCUUCUGACUGUGAUCUCAUCCUUGGUCAAAUCUACAGCAUUCACUGUGAACCUGAAGCCUCCAUAAUUCAGCCUGAGCGUGUACAGUUUCGCACAAAGCUUGGACCAAACUUCUUCCCAACGUUUGAGGUUUUCCUCACGACACAACAAAAGAAAGUGACUUUGAUGGUCCGAGACCAAGAGGGGACACAAAUGUCGAAUUGGAAGGUGAAACUGACAGGUCCAAGAAGUGGAAAUCCACAGAGGACCAUCCCAGCAGGGCACACUGCCACAGUGGGGGAAAGCAGCACAGCAGAGGAAUCUCCCAGCAGGGGGAACCAACCCAGCAGAAGAAUCUCCCAACAGGGGACAGACUCCAAGCAGAGGAUUCAACCAGCUGAGGACAUCGUCCCAGCAGAGGAGAGGCUGAAGGAGGCUCGGACACAGUUUGUUAGCAGAGUGUCUGAACCUAAUCUAGACCAGCUUCUGGAUAAACUUCUUGAGUUUGGUGUUAUAAAUGAUGGUGAAAUGGAGUCGGCCAGAACAGAAACGCGAGCGGACAAAGCUCGUAAAGUGAUCGACAUGGUGCGAAGAAAAGGAAGUGAUGCCAGCUCCUUUUUUAUUGUUGCCCUCCGUGUGGUGGAUCCACACCUUUCCAGACUGCUCAAAUUAAGCUGAGUGUGAAGAUGAAACCGUAUAACAGCUGACUGUUUCACUGUCUCAAGUUACCUAUUUUCAUCUUUAGCUUUCACCUGAAGCUAAUAUGAAGCUUCAGCGUCCAAAUGAGUCAAAUCUUCAUCUUCUAUGUUUCAACAUUACAGUGUUUUUAGUAGCAAAGUCUUCUUGU